UCUUCUUCUCUCCUCUCUUGCUUAAUUUAGUAUUUGAGUCUCCUCCCAACUCAGCGCCAGAGAGAGUCUCGCUUCUAGACGCGGCUUUCAGUCAAACCAAACGACGCCGGUUAGCCGUCUCCGCCACUCCUCCGAGAUUCUUCAAGUCUGUUUAGUUUUAUUGUUCUCCGUUCGUUUUUGUCCAAGAGAAGUCGACAGAUCCGACGACCUUUUUGCUCACCGCAGCAUCUUCUCCCAGAUCUGACGUGAAAAAAAAAAAAAAGGUGUGAGAGUUAAAUCAGCGGUAGAGAUGGCGCCGAGCACGAUUCGGAAAGCGAUCGGGGCUGUUAAAGACCAGACUAGCAUAGGCAUAGCCAAGGUAGCGAGCAACAUGGCUCCUGACCUAGAAGUUGCCAUAGUUAAAGCGACGAGCCACGACGACGACCCGGCGGACGAGAAAUACAUUCGCGAGAUCCUCAACUUAACCUCUUACUCACGUGGCUACGUUCACGCCUGUGUGUCGGCCGUCUCAAAGCGUCUGGGCAAGACACGUGACUGGAUUGUGGCACUAAAGGCUCUGACGCUUAUACACCGGCUAUUAAACGACGGGGAUCCGAUAUUUCAAGAUGAGAUCUUAUAUGCAACAAGAAGAGGAACAAGGCUCUUGAACAUGUCGGAUUUUAGAGAUGAAGCUCAUUCGAGCUCGUGGGACCAGUCAGCUUUUGUGAGAACUUAUGCCAUGUAUUUAGAUCAAAGACUUGAACUUGUUUUGUUUGAUAGAAAGAGUGGUUCUAAUUCUGCUUCAGGUUCAGGUAGUCAUCAUAAUGGAAUUGGAUCUAGAUAUGGCGAUGAUUUUCGAUCUCCCCCUCCCAGACCGAAUGAGUAUGAUUAUGGAGACGCCAGAGGCGAUAGUGGUUAUGGAAAUUAUGGAAUGACGAGGAGAUCAAGAUCGUAUGGAGAUAUGAGUGAGGCUACUGGUCGGGAAGAGAAAAAAGCAACGGUGACUCCAUUGAGAGAAAUGAAGCCAGAGAGGAUAUUCGGAAAAAUGGGACAUUUGCAGAGACUGUUGGAUCGGUUCCUGUCAUGCAGGCCCACGGGUCUGGCUAAGAAUAAUAGGAUGAUUUUGAUUGCGUUGUAUCCGAUGGUGAAAGAGAGUUUUCAGAUUUAUGCAGAUAUUUGUGAAGUUUUGGCUGUGUUACUUGAUAAGUUUUUUGAUAUGGAGUAUACAGACUGUGUUAAGGCCUUUGAUGCAUAUGCAAGUGCAGCAAAGCAGAUUGAUGAGCUGAUUGCUUUUUAUAAUUGGUGCAAGGAUACCGGUGUGGCGAGAUCCUCUGAGUACCCUGAUGUUCAGAGGAUUACAAGCAAGUUAUUAGAGACUUUGGAAGAGUUUGUGAGGGAUAGAGCCAAGAGGCCCAAGAGUCCAGAGAGGAAAGAAUUGGAGGCUCCUCCACAGGAGGAACCGGUACCGGAUAUGAAUGAGAUAAAGGCAUUGCCUCCUCCAGAGGAUUACACUCCUCCGCCACCACCUGAACCAGAACCUGAACCUGAACCUGAGCCUCAGAAACCACAAGUGACUGAAGAUUUGGUGAAUUUGAGGGAUGAUGCAGUUACAGCAGAUGAUCAGGGGAAUAAGUUUGCCUUGGCUUUGUUUAAUGGGCCUGCGGCUAAUGGUAAUGGAUCAUGGGAAGCAUUUCCAUCAAACGGGGCGCAGAUUACCUCGGCUUGGCAAACCCCAGCCGCUGAACCUGGCAAGGCAGAUUGGGAAUUGGCAUUGGUUGAGUCUGCCAGCAAUUUGUCAAGACAGAAAGCAGCAUUGGGUGGUGGGCUUGAUCCAUUGUUGUUGAAUGGCAUGUAUGAUCAGGGAAUGGUGAGGCAGCAUGUGAGCACUUCCCAAUUGAGUGGUGGAAGUGCAAGUAGUGUUGCAUUGCCAGGGCCAGGGAAACCUUCAACGCCGGUAUUGGCUCUCCCGGCUCCCGAUGGAACAGUUCAGGCAGUUAAUCAGGACCCAUUUGCUGCAUCAUCAAGCAUACCACCUCCUUCAUAUGUGCAAAUGUCUGAUAUGGAGAAGAAACAGCACUUGCUAGUGCAAGAGCAGCAGGUAUGGCAGCAGUAUGGAAGGGAUGGAAUGCAAGGCCAAGCGAGUUUGGCCAAGCUCACCGGUACUGGAUACUACAAUGCAGGUCCUAUGCCUGUGAUGCCUUACGGAAUGCCACCAGUAAAUGGGAUGGGACCACCAGCAGGGUAUUACUAUACUCCUUACUGAUUUUUACCACAUAUGUUAAGAGAAUGUUCUCUUUGUUUGUCAUUAUGUUUUAAUUUAGUGAUUUCUUUUCUUAUGUGAUAUGAUGUUGCUUCUUCAUUUUGUGCACAAAACUGGGGCAAGGGGGAGAGAUGGGAUCAGUAAUUGUGGGGAUUUUGGUGAUGGCAGAUUUGUAAUCCAUCGUGAUGUCAUUCUGUGCUUUUGUAAUAUUAAAAUUUGUUGACAACUGUACUUGUUAGUUAUCUUUGUGUUCGGAGGAAACUAGUACAUACUUUCUUUGCUACCAGACCAUAAGUAAGUUCAUACCAUAAAAUUAGGUCCACCGUGGAAGGUUAUGUCUUGUGCAACAUAACCAGUUAGAUCUUCCAUGUAAGAUGUCGGAAAAGUUAGGUUGUGAGUAGCUUGUUAAGUUGUGUAAUUCAUGUCCCUUUGCUGACCCCUCCAUUAGUCAGUAAGGAGUAAUUUUCCAACUUUGGUAAACAGUGCUUACUUUGACUGUUUUCUGUCUGUUUGUCAAAUGUGAAGGCCCCCAUAACUUUACUCUAA